GCUGGGCGCGGGGCGGGCGGGGGAGGGGGAGCGGCUGCGCGGCGGCCGCGAGUGAGGCGGAGACCCGGGCGGGCGGGCGGAGCGGGAGGCACCGCACCUCGGCCAGAGGCGGCCGCUGCAGCUGUGCCCGCGUCCCCGCCGCCGCCGCGCUCCGGCUCUCCCGCGAUUCCCCCUCCAGCGGCGCCGGCCAGAGGCGAGGAACCAGGAGGAGGCGAGAAACUCCCACCGACCCGCAGAGAGAACAUGACUUCGGCAACUUCACCUAUCAUUUUAAAAUGGGACCCCAAAAGUUUGGAAAUCCGGACACUAACGGUGGAAAGACUUUUGGAGCCACUCGUUACACAGGUGACGACCCUUGUCAACACAAGCAACAAAGGUCCAUCUGGCAAAAAGAAAGGGCGAUCAAAGAAAGCCCACGUGCUGGCCGCGUCUGUAGAGCAAGCUACUCAGAAUUUCCUGGAAAAGGGUGAACAAAUAGCUAAAGAGAGCCAAGAUCUCAAAGAGGAAUUGGUUGCCGCUGUCGAAGAUGUACGCAAGCAAGGUGAGACGAUGCGUGUAGCCUCUUCAGAGUUUGCGGAUGACCCGUGCUCCUCGGUGAAGCGUGGCACCAUGGUGCGGGCCGCGCGGGCCUUGCUGUCAGCUGUGACGCGCUUACUCAUCCUAGCAGAUAUGGCAGAUGUCAUGAGACUCUUAUCUCACCUGAAAAUCGUAGAGGAAGCCCUGGAAGCUGUUAAAAAUGCUACAAAUGAGCAAGAUCUCGCAAAUCGCUUUAAGGAAUUUGGGAAGGAGAUGGUGAAACUUAACUACGUCGCGGCAAGAAGACAACAGGAGCUGAAGGACCCGCACUGCCGAGAUGAGAUGGCAGCGGCCCGCGGAGCUCUCAAGAAGAACGCCACAAUGCUCUACACGGCCUCCCAGGCCUUCCUCCGUCACCCGGACGUUGCUGCCACCAGAGCCAACCGGGACUAUGUCUUCAAGCAAGUCCAGGAGGCCAUCGCCGGCAUCUCUAAUGCCGCUCAGGCCACGUCGCCCACUGAGGAAGGCAAAGGCCACACAGGCAUUGGCGAACUGGCCGCAGCUCUGAAUGAAUUCGACAAUAAGAUCAUUCUGGAUCCUAUGACAUUCAGCGAGGCCCGAUUCCGGCCAUCCUUGGAGGAGAGACUGGAGAGCAUCAUCAGUGGGGCCGCGCUCAUGGCCGACUCGUCCUGCACACGGGAUGACCGUAGGGAGAGGAUCGUGGCCGAGUGCAACGCAGUGCGGCAGGCACUCCAGGACCUGCUCAGCGAGUACAUGAACAAUACUGGAAGGAAAGAAAAAGGAGAUCCUCUAAACAUUGCUAUUGAUAAGAUGACCAAGAAAACAAGAGAUCUAAGAAGACAGCUCCGGAAAGCGGUGAUGGAUCAUAUAUCUGAUUCUUUCUUGGAAACCAAUGUCCCCUUGCUGGUCCUCAUUGAAGCUGCAAAGAGUGGGAAUGAGAAAGAAGUGAAGGAAUAUGCGCAGGUUUUUCGUGAACAUGCCAAUAAGCUUGUGGAGGUUGCCAAUUUGGCCUGCUCCAUCUCCAACAAUGAGGAAGGGGUAAAAUUAGUCCGGAUGGCAGCUACCCAGAUUGACAGCCUGUGUCCCCAGGUCAUCAAUGCUGCUCUCACACUGGCUGCCCGACCACAAAGCAAAGUGGCUCAGGACAACAUGGAUGUCUUCAAGGACCAGUGGGAAAAGCAGGUUAGAGUGUUGACAGAGGCUGUGGAUGACAUCACCUCUGUGGAUGACUUCCUUUCUGUCUCAGAAAAUCACAUCUUGGAGGAUGUGAACAAGUGCGUGAUAGCUCUGCAAGAGGGCGACGUGGACACUCUGGACCGGACUGCUGGAGCCAUCAGGGGCCGUGCGGCCCGGGUGAUACACAUUAUCAAUGCUGAGAUGGAGAACUAUGAAGCUGGUGUUUACACAGAGAAGGUGCUGGAGGCAACAAAAUUGCUUUCAGAGACAGUGAUGCCACGCUUUGCUGAACAAGUAGAGGUUGCCAUUGAAGCCCUGAGUGCCAAUGUCCCUCAGCCAUUCGAAGAGAAUGAAUUCAUUGAUGCUUCUCGCCUUGUGUAUGAUGGUGUUCGGGACAUCAGAAAGGCUGUGCUGAUGAUCAGGACUCCAGAAGAGCUAGAAGAUGAUUCUGACUUUGAGCAGGAAGAUUAUGAUGUACGCAGCCGGACGAGUGUCCAGACUGAGGACGACCAGCUCAUUGCAGGGCAAAGUGCAAGAGCCAUCAUGGCACAACUACCACAAGAAGAGAAGGCGAAAAUCGCUGAACAGGUGGAGAUAUUCCAUCAGGAGAAAAGCAAACUGGAUGCUGAAGUGGCCAAAUGGGAUGACAGUGGCAAUGAUAUCAUUGUGCUGGCUAAGCAGAUGUGUAUGAUCAUGAUGGAAAUGACAGACUUCACAAGAGGCAAAGGACCAUUGAAAAAUACAUCUGAUGUCAUUAAUGCUGCCAAGAAAAUUGCCGAAGCAGGUUCUCGAAUGGACAAAUUAGCCCGUGCUGUGGCUGAUCAGUGUCCUGAUUCAGCAUGUAAGCAGGAUUUAUUAGCUUACCUUCAACGAAUUGCCUUGUAUUGCCAUCAACUUAAUAUCUGCAGCAAGGUGAAGGCAGAAGUACAGAAUCUGGGAGGAGAACUCAUUGUGUCAGGGACAGGAGUUCAGAGCACUUUCACUACCUUUUAUGAGGUAGAUUGUGAUGUCAUAGAUGGGGGCAGGGCUAGUCAACUUUCUACCCACCUCCCAACCUGUGCUGAGGGAGCUCCGCUCGGGAGUGGAAGCAGUGAUUCCUCCAUGGUUUAUUCACAGGAUUCCUGCGUCAGGCUGGGAGAGCAAAGGGGUUCUGAAGAAGAGACAGGCUAUCAGAUUUUUGCUGCAGAAUUAGACACCAUCUAUCUGAAAAUGGAAUCUGUGCUGGACAGUGCCACAUCACUUAUCCAGGCGGCUAAAAACCUGAUGAAUGCAGUUGUCCUUACAGUGAAAGCAUCCUAUGUGGCUUCAACCAAAUACCAGAAAGUCUAUGGGACAGCAGCUGUCAACUCACCAGUUGUGUCUUGGAAGAUGAAGGCUCCGGAGAAGAAGCCCCUUGUGAAGAGAGAGAAGCCUGAAGAAUUCCAAACGCGAGUUAGACGAGGUUCUCAGAAGAAACACAUUUCGCCUGUGCAGGCUUUAAGUGAAUUCAAAGCAAUGGAUUCCUUUUAGGAGGAUAGUCAUUAACAAGAAAGCUUUUUCUUUUUUGCUUUUCUUUCAAAUUACAUUUUUGUAUGCAUACCUGCCUACUUAUAUGCCUCUGGCACGGGGAAAUUAAAGGAACAGUGUCUGUUUGCAUGUAAGAUGAGAUGUGAUCAACACUACAGAUUCAUCUGUAGCCUGGGGAGGGGACAGGAAAUUCCUGUCCUGAGGUGGCACAGAGCUGUCCUUUGCAAUAUUCUCAUAAUUGGACAAAGAGUUCGCAUCACAAUGUUUAUGGGAGUGGGAGGGAUGGGGAAAAUAAACUUCACUCUGCAAAAGCAAACUCUAAUGCAUGCAAGAAUCAUUAGGUUGGCAGGUAUAUUAAGUGAAAAAUCUGGAAGUGUAAUGAUAGAACAUAAAGCUUGUAUUACUUCUGUUUCAGUGCAAAAAUGUGCUAGCCAAUACGCUUAAGUGUGUGGCCAGAAAUUGAAUAAUUUAACUUUGAAGUCAUAUCCAUGAGAUCAUGUAAAUUUCUACUUAGGCAAAACUAACUUUGUUCAGCAUAAAAUGCUUUUUUAAAAAAUCUGUAAUCUCUUCUUUCUCUUCUAGUAGUGCCAUGACGUGAUCAUGUUCUCAAUUUUUCCCCUUUCUGAAAACAAUAAUCAUUUGAGAUUUAUAAUUCUCCUGAGGUCACUAGGAGGACUAUAUAGUGAUCCAUCUUUCUUUUGCUAUUUUAAACAUUUGAACUAUGAUUUUGCUAGAAAUAGAAGGUCCAGUGAUGAAAUAUUAGAGGAAUGGAAAUUGAACAAUGUGUGAAGGUUUAGAGGCAAAUACAUAGGUGUAGCUUGGAGUGCUGGUAUCUAAAAUGACAUUGUAUCUACUAACUCAAAAUAAACACAUUUAAUCUUGA